CUCGGGCCCAUGGGAAGUAUACGACCGAACCCGGGUAGUGCCGGCUGAUCCAUGUGGGGCAGCGGUGUACAUGCGACGCCUUUGGGUGCCACAUCCAGACCAGGUUUGGGCUCCAUGUUGGUUGCAUGAUAGCAUCGAUGGCAUUGCCACGUUUGGGACAGAAGAAGGAGAGGCCCUGGAGAUCCCGGCCGUCGGCGUCAAUGAUUUGGAAGAAGUUCACCAGCAGCAGGUGGUGGGUGAGGAGGACGUUUGCCUGCUCGACACAGUGACCAAAGCUGCAUUGCUGCAUACGAUUCGAGUGCGUUUUUCCAAGCAGUUGGUCUACACCUGGGUGUCUCGCAUUCUUUUGGCAGUAAACCCCUUCCAGGUGCUGCCCUUGUACUCCUCCCAAGUGUUGGACCAAUACAGGUUUGCAUCUGAAGUUCGGGCUCUUCCGCCACACAUUUUUUCGAUUGCAGCAGAUGCCAUGUCCAAUCUUCGAACCUCGCGGCGACACCAGGCCAUCGUCAUCAAUGGAGAGUCAGGAGCUGGUAAGACAGAAUCAGCCAAACUCAUCAUGUCCUUCAUAGCAGAGGCCACCAAAAGCGACAGCCAAGAGCAAACCCAAAGUUUCGAGGAGAAGGUGCUGCGGACGAAUCCUAUCAUGGAGGCCUUUGGCAACGCCAUGACAGUCCGCAACAACAACUCCUCGAGGUUUGUCAAGUGGCUGAAUUUCCACACGCAGGAUGGCCGACUGGUAGGGUGCGAAGUGCAGCAAUAUUUGCUGGAGGACACACGCAUUUGCAGUGUGGCCAAGGGCGAGCGAUCUUAUCACAUCUUCUUCCAGCUGUUGCAGGCUAGACAAUCGCCAUUGCUGAAGGAUUUGGAACUGGAGGGGCCAGAAAGCUACGCUUACACACGCUGUGGCGAACUGACUGUACCUGGAAUUGAUGACCUUCAAGCCUUUGAAGAAUUAAAAGAGGCACUGGACGCCUUGGGCAUCGGUAAGAGCACGCAGGCUCAGAUGUGGCAAAUCCUAUCCGCUGUUCUGUGGCUCGGAAAUUGUCGGUUCUCCAGUGAGGCUCACCAUGAAGGGGUGAAGUUUGAAGACGAAAGGCCUGUGCAGCAAGCAGCUCGCAUGCUUGGUUUGCAAAUUGAGGAUUUGAAGAAGUGCAUGCUGGUCCGAAAGAUCACUGUGGGCAAAGACCUGGUGGAAACGCCUCAACGCGGAGAGCAGGCCAACGCAGCCCGCGACAGCUUGAGUAAGUACAUCUAUAUGCAGCUCUUUGUUUGGGCGGUCGAAUCGUUAAACCAGACCCUCAAGGUGGAUUCCUCCAGUAAAUCAAGGACCUCCGAGACCCAAGCCCUUGGUAUCCUGGAUAUCGCUGGAUUCGAGAGUUUCGAGCACAACUCCUUGGAACAGCUGUUGAUCAACUUGUGCAACGAACACCUGCAGCAGUUCUUCAACAAUUUCGUCUUUCGUUCUGAGUUGGAAGACUAUGCAAAAGAAGGUCUGUCGUUGGAUUGCGAAGUAAACUUCGUGGACAACAAAGAGGUUCUACAGCUUUUGGACGGCCGUGCAGGCAUUCUGGAUGUCCUCGACGAGGAAGUUGUGAUGCCCAAAGCGUCGGACGAGUCCUUUGCAUCCAAGGUGAAGACAGGCCAGGCUCAACAUCCACGUCUUGUGAAGCCAAAAACGGGUGGAAAGCUCCUCUUUGGAGUGAGGCACUUCGCUGGAGAGGUCAUGUACAACUGUGAAGGGUUCCUCCAAAAGAAUGUCGACAAACCUCCCGAAGACUUCAUCAAGUUGAUCCCGUCGUCAUCGCUGGAACUGUUGAAGGAAUUGGGCAAAGACUCCGAGGUACAGCCCAGCCAAGCGAGCAAAAGUGGUGGCAGAAAGCCCAAAUCCACAUCUGCGAAGUUUCGCUUGUCUUUGCGACAAUUGAUCGGCAAAAUUGACGUCUCAGAUCCGCACUUUGUUCGAUGCAUCAAGCCCAACACAGAGAAGGUGCCAAACAAGUUUAACUCUCCUUUGGUCUUGGAACAGCUGCUGUUCAGCGGUAUUUUGGAGGCUGUUCAAAUUCGUCAAAAAGGCUUUGCUUCAAGAGCAUCUUUUGAUGACUUCCUCAAAAGGUAUAGUUGCAUCGCUUCAGCUGACACCAAAACUUUGAGUGCCACUGACUUGGUGAAACACCUUAUGGAGAAACUCAAGUUGGAUGCUGGCGGAAUGCAAGUGGGCAAGACAAAAGUCUUCCUCAAGGCAUCUGUUUUGGACCAGCUGGAAGCAGUGCUCGCCGCAUCGCGCUACAAUAUGGCCCUGAGAUUGCAGGCAGUCAUGAGAUCCAGGCAAGCGCGCAAGCACUUCGCUGCUGCGCGUCCAGCAACCAAAGCGUUGAAGGAGUCCUUGAGGCGUGUGGGUUGGGAUGACAGCUCCAAUGUUGAGAGAUUGGGUGUUUUGGUCGACAAGCUUGGGUCAGAGGCCAAAGCCUUCUUGGCAGAACUCCGGAAGGCAGAAUCGGCAUUGCCAAACUAUCCCAGCUCACAGCGACUACGAGAGACUGCACAGGCCAUCACGGCGCGCUUGACGAAGGAGCUUCAAUGUGUUGAACACAUGGAACGCUUGGAGAAAAGCACCGAUGCCAUGGAGAUCGAGAAGGCCUUGGCGAGGGCAGAAGGGUUGAAGUUGCCCAAGACGCCCUUAACAUUGGACCUACGGAGCCGUUGCAAGGCACUUCAAGUGCAGAUGCCCUUGAAGCAGGCCUUGCAAUCUGCUGUGAAUGAUGAAGAUUCGGACGCGCUUGCCAGAGUUGUAGCAGAGGUUGAAAAGAAAGGUCUGAAUCUUCAAGUGAAAAGUUGGUUGCUCGAGUUGGACAUGGCUGGUUUGGUGGAACAAGUUGCAGCAAAGACUCAGCCAGUCAAGCCGCAAGAGCCCACAGCACCGACCCCGACCCCAGCGCAGCCAGCAGAAGAAUCGACAGUGGAGAAAAAGCCCUCCCCAUUCCGCAUGUCGAGAAGAAGCUCGCGACGGCAGACCUUCACAGGAUUCAGUGAUGCUCAGCAACUGCAGCUACUGGCAAGUCUGGAGCAGGCGGCGGAGGAGUUGGAUUCAGUGAUCAUGGAGCAGCUGCUGGAGCAGGCGAUGCGAAAUGGCAUUGAUGAAGCCGACCUGCAGGAGUACCACAAGUUGCUGUGUCGCCUACAAGAUGAGUCCUUCCUUCGAAGCACGGUGGAGCAGGUCCUGGAGGAAAUCAAGGGCCGAUGUCCCCCUCGAAAUGCUUUGCAAAAAUUGCAGAACCUCUCGCACCAGCUCCGGAUUUUGCAUGGCGAUGCUGAACUAAUCCGAGCAGCUGCACGAGGAGCACAGCAAGGAACCCGAAAAAGAACCAAGAGCUUUGCUUCAAAUGCGGAUCCAUCUAGACGACAAUCGGUCUUGGAUGUAAGCAACGUGGAAGAACUGCGGGUUGCCUGUGAAUCCUUCCGGGAUUUGAGCAGCUUCUCCAAGCUGAAGAGCGAAGGUACCUGGAAAGGCCAUCGAAACAGCUUGCUGCAGCACGUGCAAGUGGACUUCAACGGCACUAUGCUGGGACACUCCAAGGUGACCAUUGCAGAAUCCCUGACGCAUAUACCAAAGUCUCGAGAGGCAGUCGCGGUGCAGAACUUUCGAAACAUCGUGAUUUGGAUGGGCGAUCGCCCUGCACAAGAAUGCCAACGCAUCGCCAGCCGUGAGAGCGUGGUGGAUAUUGCAAGCUCCGAUCCUUUGAUGAGAGACGAGGUCUUCAUGCAGCUGCUCAAGCAAUUGUCUGGAAACCCAUCUCCUCGCUCUGAAUGGCUGGGAUGGCAACUUCUGCUCCAGAUCUGCAAAGCUACCAUGCCGAGCGAUGAGCUUGAUGACUUCGUGCGCUUCUUUUGUGCCCAGAAGAUGCGUCGUGCACCAGCCAGCCAUGCAGAGACAGAUGCUAGCAACUGGGAGAUUGCGCGGAUUGCUGCGGAGUGCUUUGAGGCCUUAGCCGCAGCAUUGCCCAGACCUGCAGAUUCAGACGUGUCUGGCGACAUGGUUGGCGUGCUUGUUCAUCUUGUUGAUAAAUCUUCACAGAAUUUGUUCGUUCCAGUGGCCACAACUCUCAAAGAGCUAUCCUCCCUAAUGGGGAGCAGAGUUGGCGUGAAGCACUGGAGGGACUUUGCAUUCUUUCAGGCAACGAAUCGCAGCGAUUCGUUGAGGAUGCUGCCUGACAUGCUUCCAGUCUCCGAGCUGAUCAACAUGUGGCAGCAGAUUCGUGAAGCGACCAAUCUACGAGGCCAUUUGCACUGGUUGCGCCGUUUUCUUCGGCCGCAGGAGAUGCUCUUGGCCGGAGACUUGCACCACGCAGCAUUGACCUUCCGGCAGGCGGUGCGCAGCCACAUGGGACGCCCAGUUCCCUGUCAAGCAGGUGCUGAGGCGGAAGAGAUGGCCACGGCUGCAGCACUGAUGUGGUUGGAGUGUUACAACCCUUCUCAAAAGAUCAAGGACAAUGACGCGCUUGUUUGUCAACUCCUCAAGGGGCAGAUGAGCGGCUUAAAGCCUGCCCAGCAAGAUGAAGUGCGACGAAUGCUGCUGGCCAAGGUCCAUGACAUGCGUUCUGAAUUUGGGCCUCGUAUCCCGCAGCUUCAACGCAUGACACGAGCCUUUGCGCUGAUGCGUUGCUUUCCCUUCUUCGGCGCCCACCGUUGGUCAGCAAAGGUCAUUGCUCCAGCCAAAGUGAAUGCUGGGCAAAUGGUGGUCAACAAUCCGCCAGAUCGGUUUUUGAGCGUGCAUGCGCGCCAAACGGAACCUGACGUGUGGGUUUUUGUGGAUAUGCUUGGCUUGCACCUUGCGCCGGCGAUGACAAGCCAUACGAACGGAGCAGGGCUUUGGAGUUUCCACUUCCAACCAGAAGGAGCUUUCAGCAUGUCGGGGAGUGACCUGGCAUCACCAGUCAGCUGUUUUACACCUGCUUCUGCUGCGUCGCGGCGGCGAUCGAUGACAAGUGACAGUACCUUCACAGAUGAUGGAGGCGUUUGGCUUGAGGAUCUAGAGGGCGGUUCCACCAUGUUCCACCAUCUUCUUGUGUCACAUUUCGAAGUUGCAGGACUUUGCAAAACGAGUUCCCAAAUCAUGCCAAAUCUAGCUCGAUCACGUUCCAUCAUAGCUUGCAGAAAUACGCUGUGCAUGUCAAGCACUGCAGAUGACCGCAGGGUAAUUGAAAUUUGUCAGGCCUGCUGAGAUGUUUAGAAAACAAAUUAAGAAUCAUUAAGUCAGCGCAGUUGUGGUCAAAACCCUUCGCUCAGCAGUGUUGCAGAGAGCCUUCAGUGACAACCGAAUGUUUUGACCACAUUCGCUGAUUUGCAGCAUCCAGGUUCUUCCACUGUGUCAACCGCCAAGGGGAGACGCAACUUGCGGCUGCACAAACAAGUCGGUCGCUUGCUUCGCUGGGGAGCAAAACCAGGUGUGCUGCAGCUAGUUGUGCAACUUGACGUCAGGGGCAGGUUCAAUUGGUUUGGUGGACCGUCAGGCAACUCCAGCAGUUCAAAGGUGAGAUAGAAGUCUGUGUGAGAAAUCUAACAUCCUAGGGCCUAGGGGUGGGAUAUAAUGUGAAAUAAUGUGGUAUCAACAUACCCUAGGCACAGCGCCGACAUUGGUCGCAGCGCCUUGCAGACGCAGCUAGUUGCCUUGGCUUGUCCUGAUGCUAUGGAUGUUGGGAGCUUAGCACGGCUAGCGCGACAGAAUAAGAGACAACCCAGGCCUCCAUGCAUGUCAACGAACCAUUCUCAGAGAAAAUGUUGAAAAUCCAUUUCUUCAUUCUUCCGGCACCCCCCAAAAAUCGGGUUUGUAUUGUAUGUUAGGAUGCCAAGGCAUGAGUGGAAACAGUUGUUCUCAAUUUUUUCAUAUAUAUGUUUUCAAUUGUUUUCAUCAUCCUUCUUCAUGAAUUUCCCAUUCGAACGAACAUGCGCAACAACACUAAAACGUUCAAAAACGCAGGCGGCCUUUGUCGUCCAUAGUUCACUUUGUGAAUCGCUUCAAAUUCCAACAACUUGUACAUAAGAACAAAAA